GGCGCUGAUGGUGACGGAGGACUGGAUUCGGCGGAGAGUGGAUCUGAAGGAGCAGCGGCUCGCGGAUGUACGUUCUUUGUUUCUUCCAGGAAGUUAUGAAGAAAAGAUCACACAUCUUGGAAAGUCCCUGAAAAAUUUCACCCGUCUUAAGACACUAGACCUAUCUCGUAAUUCUCUUGUUACAUUAGAGGGGAUCCAACACCUGAUUCAUCUGGAAAAGCUCAACCUAUAUUAUAACAAGAUAGCAAGUUUGAAAGAGAUUUUUCUCCUUCGUAAUCUGGGUUGUUUGAAAGAACUUGACCUGAGACUGAAUCCUGUGUCCAAAAAUGAAACAGACUAUCGACUUUUUGUUGUGCACAUGCUCCCCAAUCUUAGACGAUUAGAUGAUCGACCGAUUAGAGACAGUGAGCGCAAAGCAGCACUAAUGCACUUCACUUCAGAUCAGGCACAUGAAUUCCAAGAUUGUCCGAUUGAGGAAGAAGAUAAUGAAAGAUCCAGACAUCUCAGAGCAGAAUUUGUCAAGUCAUUGACAAAGAAAUGUACAGAACUUGAUGAGGAUGAUGAAGCUGUUUUGAACCUUAUUGCAAAAUGUGGCUGGGAUUUAAGCAAAUACUCUGGAAUCACAGGUUCAGCCAAAAGUGUUCCUGAGGCCAAGUUGCAUAACUUAAAAGGUAUUCGUGAGAUUGAUGGUGCUUCAGAAAACCAGGAACCUGUGGCAAGAAAUACCUUACCAUCGACCAGAUCGCUGUCCAUCAACAUUCCUAAGGCAAUUGCAAAUUCACAAAAGAAAGGUUCUACACAAUUUCAAGCAUUUACUGAAGAACAUUCAGCAUUAUCCCAUGCUUCCUCUCCACGAUGUCAUGCCCUACCCAUUGGUACAGAGACCACCACAAGAUGUGGCCGAGUAACCUUUGCAGAAGAUAAAACCCAGGAGUCCCCAGCAAUGGAUCCCAACUUGAAGUUUCAAGAUGAAGCUGAGGCCUAUCAUAGGAUCACCUCCCGUACACACUUCACCCCACAUCCAGGCACCUCGCAGACACCAGGCCGUCACCUAGCCAAUUCGACGGCAUCUUGCACUUUCGCCGGUUCCUUUCCAUCCAAUGACGUGAAUGGAGAAAAGGAAAAAACUGGAGACCAGUUCUUCAGGUUGGUACGUGAUCAUCCUGCAGAGAUGCUAAAACUACUGGGUGGACAAUCCUCAGCAGCCUUGAGUGUGCCAGCCUCUCAUUCCAAUCAAACAGGGCAGCCACAUACAAGAAGGCAUCCCACACCUCAGAAACCUGGUAGUGACGACAGAAAGGGAAAUGCUACUGGCACCAAGGACUGUGAGACAGUUCAAUCAGUGUCCACUGACUUAGUAUCUACAGAAUGUGGAGGGGCUGCUGAAAAUUUUUUUAAUACAGAUCUCAUGGAUAAGUUUCUAGAUCUUGUUGACAAAUAUUGGAAUGGAUCUAAGUCUCUUCAUUGUAAUGAAACAUUUCUGAAACAAGCAAGAAAAAUGAUGUGUGGCAUUCACGAGCAAGUGGCACUCGAAAACCAGCCAGAAGAAACCAAGAAGCUUCAGGAAGGAAUAAACGAUUUAAGAGCGAAGAAUGAGACUUUGGAAAACUGCCUUUGUCAGCAGAAACAACAGUAUACUGAAGAAUUCCAAAAGCUAUCUGUGCAACUCACUCAAGCUCAAAGAGACAUGGAAAUAAUGAAGGAUUGUUUAGGUCAAACUUUGGAUGAGAAAAAUCAUUUGCAGAACCACCUGAUAAAACUUGAACAAAAAGCACUUAGCACGUCCAGUUCCAAAAACCAGCAAGUUGAAGAGCUCCAGAACCACAACCAGAAGUUGCAAUGUGAGAUUGACCAUCUGAAGCAGAAGGCCCAGUAUUACACCAAAAUCCAGGAACUGGUUGACAAGCUCCAGGAAAGCCACAGGUGUUACAUGUCAAGUUCUGGAUUAGAUACAAUUUUGGAAAAUUGAGAAACAGCUUAAUAUUUUUUCAGCAAGUUUUCACCUGGCCUAAGGACUUUGGAAGUAGCUGCUUUAUAUUUGUUUAUUUAAUGAACGUUUCCAUUGAUUACUUUGUCAUCAGUGCGGCAUGGAGGCUCAGUGGUUAGCACUGCUGCCUCACAGCCCCAGAGACCUGGGUUCAAUUCGAGCUUCAGGCAACUGUCUGUGUGAAGUUUGCAUAUUCUCCCCGUGUCUGCAUGGGUUCCCUCCGGGUGCUCUGGUUUCCUCCCACAGUCCAAAGAUGUGCAGGUUAGAUGAAUUAGUCAUGCUAAAUUGCCUGUGGAGUUAGGUGCAUAAGUCAGGGGUAAAUAGGGGGAAUGGGUCUGGGUGGGUUAUUCUCUGGAGAGUCAGUGUGGACUAGUUGGACUGAAGGGCCUGUUUCCACACUCUAGGUAAUCUAAUAACGUAAAAGUAUUGCUGUGGAGUUCGUAUUGUGGUGAAGGAUCUGUGAUGUUUGCAUUUCAGUAUGAUGAAAAUAAUUUCAUUUAUGCAUAGAAAAUCUGUGGGAGAGCAGAUUCCAGUUUCAAGGAAUUUGCCAGCAGUCUCAGACCCUCUUUUAUAAGUAUGGAAUUUUAAUGUGUUGAAUCAGAUUAACUGUUUCUAUCCCAGGGUAAAACGCCAAUGACUUGACCACUGUCUAUACAAAUUCAGAAAUCUUCCCAACAGUAAACUAUUUUAAUAAAUAGAGUACCGCGACUACUUGCUGGGCAAAUGCAGUGUUUAAAAUUAUUUGUUUCAUAAUUUUACACGUUGCCUUUUGAGGAAAACAACUCUGGGCAAGUGUUGAAAAGGUUAGCAGGCUGAUGAGCAAUCAUUGAAUCUCAUGGUGAGUCUCUAUCUUUAGUGAACCAGUCCUGGAUACAGAUCUUUGAACCUGGAGUUUCUAGAUUAGAAUUAGGGACACCAUCAGCUGAGCCACAAUAUCAAAAACAACCCCAAUGUAACUGGUGCACCUAGUGACAAUAAAUUACUAUAACUAAUGACUACUACCUGCCCUAGUUUUCUUGUAAAAGUUGUCUUGAAACUGGAACUGCUCUGAAAUUGUUAAAUGUAAAGUUCCAGGAAUUUCAGUUGUAAUUGUUUAGUAGCACAGAUGUUUAUUGUUGAAAAAGUUCACAAUUUGUCAAGGUUUUUUUUGUCUUGCACUUAGGAGCAUAACUCACAAGAGUACAACUUCAAAUAUAUACUGCAUGAGAGGAGAAAGCUGAUUGGUUGCCAGGUGGGUUCUAAUUGUUUGAACCAUUGGCAUUAAGAACGCAUCAAUCAAUGAUGAUUUACAAUUAGUGCCAGGGUAGUUUGAAUUUUAAACCAGGCGUUUGAGUUGGAUUGGUUAGGCAUUGCCCUGUGAAAUAAUCUAUGAAUGACUCACCUAGAUGAUUUGUGAAAUCAAUUUGAAACUUUGUUUUAAAUCCCAUUUUGAAGACGCUUGGUGCCCUGAAGUCCAGUUCCGAAUUGAUUUAUCCCAUCAAAUAAGAUGGUCAGGGUUAGAUUACUACAUAUAUGUUCAUAGCUCCUUUAUGUCUUCACUGGGAAAGCUUCAUUUUUUUUUAAAUAACUGGGCAAAUUGAUGAGCAUUGUCUCUGUGCUCAGCACAAGAGCAACAAAUUUGGAAAACUGGCUAUUUUGGCAUUUAGCUGCUUCAAUAUAGGCAUAACUCGAAUGUCUGUCCUGAUCUUGGAUCCAUUAGAACUUCUUGAUGCUUCCAGUAGCAGACUGACAGGGGGAAAAUGCGACAAUUAAUGUAAUUACAUGUUUGUACGUCAGAGAGCCACAUAACUGUGGAUGAAUACAGAGGGUAAAUCUUUUUAAGUAUUCACAAUUUGUUUCAUUUUUAUAAUAAAAGCAGAAAUAAUUAAUUGCUAUUUAUAUUUAUAGACAUUCAUUUUGCAAGUUU